AUGGAAAUUGACAUUAUGAUCUUCAUUUUCCUCCUGGAUGGUGAGAGGAAAGAUGGGAAUGUUGAGACGCCUCUGAAGAAACACUUUCCCUCCAUCAUCAGUAUCGUAUGGCCAUUGCCACUCUUUGGAUAUGAGGAGAACUUUAUCCAGACUUCAAAGCAAUGUAAACUGAAGAAGAUCCAGAAACCCACAGGUUAGAGUGAUUUCAUUCCUGACUCUUCAGCUCAAGUUUCAGAGUUAGAAGAAAGCUCUGGGAUGGAGUUCGUGGAAGCUAAUCUGACAUGUAUUUCAGGACUCCCUGUGACCUGGACCCAGGAAUAUUUACUCUGGUCUAUUGAAAGGAGUCUUCGACAGAUCUUCCAUCACCUGGAAAAUGCAAGAUCAAGUCUUAUGGAACUGAAUUUGGCAGAAUCUCAAGAUGUGACUUCUUCCUUUGUAUCCUCUGAUCUGAUGACUCGGGAGGCUGUUCUGCCUUGUUGUUACUGUAAGAAGGCAAAACAUUCUACCAACACCAGCAUCUCCUCUGCAUCAUCCAACAAUAGCCCCAACCUGUCUUAUUUUCCAAUCUUUCCUGAACGAACAACGUGGCAAUUUCAGAGCAACAAUGUACCAGUUUCCUCUCCAAAACAACGUUCAGUGUUCAGUAACCAAGGCACAACCUUGUCUUCUUUUCAGCUGACCGAUCCUGAGAAGACAGAACUUCUUAAGAAUUUGGCAGCUCUUUCGCCUUUACAAUCUCAAAGUUCUUUCACAAGCUCUAUUUUAGAACCUCCAAAUCCCUGCCUGCAGCAAGAGACAACAAAAGAUAAGCAAGAGAGCAACAGUCAUUUGGUAUCAGAUCAUGGGACAAAUUCCAUCUCAUGUAAGAGAGCAAGAUUACCAGGAGGGCCUCCACUCCAGCUCUCUCCUUUAACUAGAGGGGAGCUAGAAGGACACAUGUCUUGGGAGGUUUCUACUUUGCAGGAACAAACAAUGCCGCUGCCUGUGAGAAAACCAUGGGCAAUGCUCAAUUAUCAAGUAGAUGUACAAGAAGGAGCCUUUGAACCAGAGAGUCCUCAAACUCACUUACCUACACCUAGUCCUCAAAACACUGAGCAAAACACCAAUAGUAAAUCCCAAGACCUCCCAUCAUUUCAUCUCCAUGUAAACAUUGGAGUGGGUUCUGGAUUAAGUAGGACAGAAACAAAAAUUUCACAGUCGCAUAUCUCAAUUAAACAGUUACAGUCUGGAGAUGACUGCCAAAUCCUUGCAUCUAAGCCUUUAGUUAUCUCAAUGGGCACUCCACCUCCUAGACAUUUAGGAGUUAACAUAAUUCAAGAAGAAACCACUUUGAUGAAGAAGGACCCACAACACAUGCUAGAGCUUAGUAUAGAAGAGAGGGUCCCAGGUCUUCCAGAAGAAAGGGUACAGCCACAUAAGACACAAGUGACUAACAUGGAACUGGCUCCCAGACUACCAUACCAAGUCACAGAUAGAAUAAAGAUAACUCCAUUGGCAUUACUUCAGGUCAUGGAUUCAAUGGGGAUGAUUCCAGAACCACAUUCCGAAGUGAUAGAAUCUGUUGAUUUGUUCCCAAAACCACAAAAUCAAGUUGUGAAAUCAAUGGAAACACUGGGUGUAACCCCCAAACCAGCAGGUCAUCAAGUAAUUGAAUCAAUGAAGAUAAUCUCAAGUCCUCAGCACCCAAAGACUAUGAUCUCAAGACUGAAUCAAGCAACAGAUAAUGUAAAGGUAACUCCUAGGGCAUUGCUUCAUGCCAUGGAUUCCAUGGGAAUGAUUAAUAAAUUAUACCCAUAUGUCAUAGAAUCACAUCAUAGGCCACAACAUCAAGUCAAGGAACCAGUGAAGAUGGAUACACUAUUGAACCAUCAAGCUAUAACACCAGAAGAGAUGAGUCUAAGACCACAAUAUCCAGUCAUGGAAACUGUGGAGAUGAUUCCUAGACAAAAGCAUAACAUCAGACAAUCAGCCAGCAUGACCUCAGGGUCACAAAAUCAAGCCAUGAAACAAGUCAAGAUUACUACAGGGCCACUACACCAAAAUGCACAAUCAUUGGAUGUGAUGUCAACACCAUUAUAUCAGGUUAUGGAUUAUGCACAAGUAACUCCAGGGACACUACAUGCCAUGGAUUUCAUGGGGACAAUUCCACCAGCACAGCCAAAUUUUAGAGAACAUAGGAUCCCAGGUUCACAGCCAGUAUCUCAAGUGAAGGAAACUCUGGAAUCACCUUCUAGGUUACAGACUCGGGUUCUAGAUUCUAUGGGGAUGACUCUACAAUAUCAAGACACAUUAACUUCAGGAUUGCUUCAUCAGGUCAUAGAUCCUUCAAGGUUGACCCCUGGGCACCAAGUCUUGGACUAUUCAGAGAUGAUUCCAAGGCGUAGUCAUGAUGUGAUAGAAACUUCAGGGUUGACCUCUGAUACUUGGACACAAAUGAAAAAACCUAUAGAUCUGAUAGAGUCACAUCAAACAAUGGAGUCUUUGAUAAUCCUAGGGUCACCAGGUCAAGGCACAGAACCAAUAGGAAUAAGCCAAAAGCCAUGGCACCAAGACACAGAAUCUGAAGUAGUGACCAUUACAUUACCACUUCCAGGCAUGAAAUAUACUGAGAUGGACUCAAUGCUACAACUUCAGGCUACAGAUUCUAUGAAGUUAUCUCUAGGAUCACAAGAUGUAAAAUCUGAUAAGCUAAUCAUGGAUCCAGAAUUUCCAAGUGUGAACUCUGUAGACAUAACUCCAGAUUUAAUCCCACAAAUGGAAAAAUAUGGGCAGUUGGCCCCAAAUAUGAAGUCUACAGAGAUGAUCCCAAAAUGUCAAUGGAAGAAUGUGAAAUCUGAUGAGUUAACCAACAUAUCACAGUGGCCAUGUGAGACAUCUGGACAAGCAGCUCCUGAGUCUCAGCUUCAAGGCAUGAAAUCAACCCAACUGGCCCUUGAACCACAACCACAAAGUGGACAAUCUGCUGAGAUGGCCCCAGAUCCACAGUUGGAAAAUAGGAAAGCUAUCGAUUUGGUUCCCAGUUCACAAUUUCAAGGUAUGAAAUAUGUUCAUUUUGACCAACCACAGGAGUUUCAGGAUAUAAAAACCAUGGAAUUGACCCAGAGGCCACCAUUGGAGGAUAUAAACUCUGUAGAGCUAGACCCAAAGCCAUGCUUACAAAAUACCAGCUCUGAUAAGCUAGCCCCAGAAAUACUGCUUAAAGAUGAAAAAACUCUUCAAGUGGUAGAAAGUGGGAGGGUAAUUCCUAAAGCACAAGUGCAAAGUCUGAAAGUUGGGGGAUUGAUCCCAGGUGCACACCUUCCAGCAGUAAACUCUGCAUUGUUGAACUCCAAAUCAAAUGAUCAUACCACAGCACUGGAAGGUAUGACACCGUGGCAUCAAGCCCUAGGCUCUGUGAUGAUUUCAGAGCCAGGGGAUCAAGCAACAGGAAUAAAGCUGACUUCUGACAGUUGUCAUCAGGUGGAAGAAUCUGCUGGGCUGACACGAUCACCUGUAGGAAUUAGCCCUAUACCACAGAGUCAAACUUCAGAAUCUAUGGAGAUGAACACACUAUCAUUCCAAGGUCCUCUUGAACCUGAGACCCAGAUUGUAAAAGAGAUGGGGGAGACUCCAGCAUCACAAAACACAGUCAAAGAUACUUUGAAUUUGCUAUCAGAAUCAGAGGUACAAAGUAUGAAACCAGAGAUGCUGGCCCCACAGCCCCAGCCCCCAGGUGUGAAGCUUGUUCCUCUGAAUGUAGAACCAUGUUCAGAAGGUAUCAGGUUAUCAGAGAUACCCGUAAGGUCAGAAUAUAAAAACACAGAAAAAGUAGGGUUAACAUUACCUCAAGUUGAUAAGACCCAGGAGGCCAUGCCAGAAUUGUAUUUAGGAACAGAAUCUAGGGAGUGGAGCCUAGGAUUAAGGGGGCAAUAUGAGAAAUCAGAAUCAUUACCACAAAAUCUGAAAUCUGUUGAAUUAACUUCUGAAUCCUCCCCAUCAGUGAUCGGACCUAGCAAGUUAAUGACAGGAUCCAAACCACUUAUUAAAGAGUUGACCCCAGGCCUAAAGCUUGAGGGAAUCAAGUCUAGACAGAUGGAGUUAGAAGCACGGCUACAAAAUAAGAAAUCUGUGGAUUUGAUCCAACAGUCGGCUAUAGGAGUGGGAGUUCCUGAAAAGCCAAAACCUAAGCCAGGGCUACAAAGCAUGCCACUGGAGGAAUUGACUGAGGGGACAUGGCCCCAGAGCAUGAAAUCUGUGGAUUUAAGUAUAGGCCAGCAGCAGCCAAGUGUCGAGUGUCCAUUGAUGCUCAGGCAGCAGCUGCAAACUGUCAGGUUGUCAGAGUUAUCUCCAGGGCAAUUUCUUCAAGGAGAGCAACCUGCAAUGUUAAUCCCAGGACCUCUGCAUUAUGGUGUGACAUCUGAUGAAACGAUUCCAGGUUUGCCAGUGCAAGAAAUCACAUUGUCAGAUUUUAAAGUGCCAAACCAUCAAAAUGUGAAAUUUAUACAGUUGAAUCCAGAGUCGCAAACUUAUGGUAUGAAACCUGUGGAACUAAACUCAGGCCCAAGCUUGAAAGACAUCAGAUUUUCUGAUUUGAUUCCAGAGUCAAAGCACCAAGAUUUCAAAUAUACACAGUUGAUACCAGGUGUUCAGGUUCAAGACAUAAAGUCUCAGGGAUUUGUACCAGAAUCAUUUUUGCAGUUAAGCCAAGAGCCACAGGUUGAUGAUUUAAACCUUGCUCUGCCUAUGGCAGCAUCUGAGUUUCAUAGCAGGAACUCUACAAUACAAACCUUGGAACUACACGAUCAAGGUGUGAUAUCUGAGGAAGUAAACUUAGGACUGAGGCAACAAGAUACCAGAUUUUCCGAGUUGACUUCGGGGCCAAAGCUUCAAGGUGUCAAAUUUGGGGAUCAAAGCCCAGGAUCAAUGUUUCAUGGUGUGAAUUCUGUGGAGGUAACUCCAGAGUUAGGGCUGUAUGAUCCCAAAUUAACCAAGGGGUCUCUAGGGUUCCAAGAUAUGAAGCAGGUGGGGCUUAACUCAGUGCCAUGGCUACAAGAUGUCAAGUCCUUUGAUUUAAUAUCAGGAACUCAACCUCACGGUAUGACAUGUUCCAAUUUAGUGCAUGAACCACAUUUGGAAUAUGUACAACCUAUGGUGCAGACCCCAGUCUCAAGGCUUCAAGGUUUAAAAUCUGAAAAGCUAACUCCAGAGCCACAGCUAGAAGAUAUGACAUCGGUGGCGUUAACACCAGGGCCACAUUUGGGAGGUAUGAAAUCUAUGCAGUUAACACCAAAGCCGGAGGUGGGACAAAUUCAGUCGAGGAUGUUAACACCAAGGCCACAAGCAGGAGAUAUGAGGUCUGAGGUGCUGAUUCCAGGCUCAAAUGUUAAGGGUUUAAAAUCCAAGUUACUACCAUCAGGAUCACAGUCAGAAGAUAUGGCAUCUGUGGUCUUAAGUCCAGGACAAUGUCUAGAGGGUAUGAAAUCCACAGCAACAACCCCAAGUCCCCAGCUGGAAGGUGAGAUGUCUAUGACAUUGAUUCCAAGUUCAAGUACUCGAGAUUUGAAAAAUGUGGAGUUGCUUCACGGUUCACAUGUUCAAGAUGUGACUGCCGUGGAAUGUGACCCAAAUAGGCAAGAUAAGAACUCAGUGUCUUUAGCACCAGGGACAUUGCUUCAAGUUGUUACAGAGAGGCUUCUGAGGCCUCAGCUGAAAGGUAUGAAAACCAAGGAACUGACUUUGGAGCCACAAGUACAAAGCAGAAAACAUGUGGAGAUGAUCCCAUGUUUGAAGAAGGAAAGUCUCAAAUCUGUAGAGGAGACUCCAGAUCCACAGCUGAAGUGUGGAAAAUCCAUGAAGCUGACCCUGAGGCACACGAAGCAGGAGGUCAAAUAUGUUGAUGAAGCUAGACAGCAAGGAGUAAGGUCUGUGGAUUUAGCUGCAAAGCAACAGUCCCAAGGGAUGACACCUGUGGGCUUAAUUCUUGGGCCUGGACAGGAUGGCCAGAUAUGUGCAAGCUCACCAGAGUGGAAAUGUGUGAAUUUAGACACACUGAACAGAGAGUAUGAGACAGAAAAUAGAAUGUAUUUGGGGUCAAUUCCAGAGCCAAAAUCUCAGGGCAUCAAAUCCACAGAACUCAACUCUAAGCUACACUUAAAAGAUAUGAAAUCAUUUGAAUUGACUCCUGAACCAGUAAUUGAAGAUGUACAAGCUAAAGAGUUCAAAUGUAAAUCACAGUUGCAAAAGAUGAAAUCACACAAACUGACCUCAGGAUCAACUCUAGAGUCACAUCUUCAAGGUGAGAAAACCAUCGAGUUAAACAGAGAACCACAGUUUGGAUGCACAAAAUCUGCUCAGUGGCUACCAAGCGCUGGGAUCCAAAGCAAGGAAUCUGCAGAGCCAAACCUGAGGUCGCAGCUUCCAGGUGUCAAGCCUGCAGAACUGAAGCAGUGCUCACAGUUGGGGGGUGUGAAGUCAUCUGAAUUGACAGUAGUGCCAAAGCAUGAAGGAGUGAUAUCAGUAGGGCUUAAUCUUGAGCAGUCACAGCUGUGUCAAACACAAACCCCUAAGUUGUCCCCAGCAUCAGAGCUACAAAAAGGAAAGAAUUAUGCUUCAAUUUCAGAGCCACCGCUUCAAGGUGUAAAAACGAUGGCAUUAAGCAAAGAGCCACAGUUGGGAAGUACAAAAUCUAUCCAGUGGAUACCAGGACCUGACUUCCAAGGUGUGAAAUCUUUAGGAUUACAUUUUGGGCCACGAUGUCAAGGUAUCAAACCUGUGCAAUUGAAACCAUCCAUACAGACAGAAUGUACAACACCAUCUGAAAUGACUCUAGGGCCCAAAUUUCAAGGUGAAAACUCUAAGAGAUUUAAUGUGGGACCACAAGUGCAAUGUGUGAAAACCCCUGAACUGUCCCCAGAGCUGCAAAAAAGAAAAAAUGUCCUAUCAAUCUCGGAGCCACAGUGUCAAGAUGUGAAAACUGUGGAGUUACACCAAGGACUACAGAUUGGAAAUAUGAAAUCUAUUCAGUGGAUACCAGUACCUAACUUCCAAGCUGUGAAAUCUAUGUUUAAUCUUGGGUUACAACCUCAAGAUGUCACAGCUACACAGUUGAAAUCUUCAAUACAAUUAAAAGAUGUGGAGAUAUCUGAGUUGACUCCAAGGCCAAAUCUACAUAGUAGACAACCUUCAGUAUCAGCUCAGGAACAUCAGCCUCAUAGGUUCAAACCUACUGAUUUGAAAUCUGGGCUACAGUUGAGAAGUAUGAAAUCAUGUGACUCAACUUCAAGGUCAAAGCUUGGUGGUAUAACAUCAAUGAUGCUCAAACCUGGGUUUAACUUGCGAGAUAGGAAGUUUUCAGGACUACAUCUGCAAGAGGUGAAACCUUUAGAAUCAUCCCCAAGAACACAGGUUCAAGGUAUGAAAUCUCUAGUAUAUAUACAAAAGCCUCAGCUGCCAGGAAAGAAAUCCAGGAUCUUAAGCCAAGGGCCACAAUUACAAGAUGAUAUUAUACAGUUGAUAAGGACAAAGUCAUCUGAGUUGGCUCUUCAAACACAGCCUAGACAUAUGAAAUCUAAGGUAUUAAAUGCUGGGCUCCAGAGGCAACGUGGAAAAUAUUCUAAGUUGACAUCUAAGACAAAGUCCCAAUAUAUGAAACAUACCAAGUUAAGCCACAGCUCACAAUUGAAAGGCAUAUAUCAUGGUUCCCAUGAUUUGGCCAUGGGAACCAAAACUCGAAGUGUCAAGACAGACUUUAAACCUGGGCCACAGAUGCAAGGCAUAAAGUCCUCUGAGUCAGUUCUGAAGACAAAGCCUCAGAACGUGAAAUUGGUGGGCUGUGAGUCAAGACCACAAUUACACGAUCUGGAAUCUUCUAGGACAAUCAUGGGUAUAAAGUUUCAAGAUAUCAAAUCUAUGGAUUUUAGUCCUGGACCACACUUAAAAGGUGUGAAAUCUUCUGAAGUGAUCCUAGAGAAAAAGUUUCAAGGUGGGAAUUCUCUAGAACCCAAAUGUAGCCUAAAGUUACAAGGUGAGAAACCUGAUCUGGCCCUGGGGAAGAAGUUUCCAGGUAUGAAAUUGGUAGAACGGGACUCAGGCACCCAUUUACAAGAUAUAAAAUCUUCUGAGCUUAUCAUGGGUAUAAAACUUCAAACUGCAAAAUCUAUUAGGCAACAUUUUAAAAGUACAAAGUCUUCUGAGGCAGUAAUGGGGACAAAACCUCAAGGUGUAAAACCAGUGGGCUUCAAUUCUGGACCACAAAUACAGAGUAAAAAAUCUGAGUUGAUUCAAGGGGAAAAGCUUAAAAAUGUGAAAUCUGUGGAGUUCGGCCAUAGUUCAAAAUCUCAAGAGGUAACAUCCAAGUUGCCAUCAGAGACAAAGGUCCAAAAAUCAGACUCUGUGAAGGUCAACUCGGGCCACCAGUUGCAAGAUGUGAAAUAUUCUAAGUUGAUUCUGGAGACAAAGCUUCAAAAUGUAAAAGCCCUGGGAUGCAGUGUGGGAUCACAUUUUCAGAGUGUGGAAUCUUCCGAAGUCACUCCAGAAACAAAGCUUCAAAAACAGAAAUCUGUGGGCCUCAUACCUCAACCACUGGGGCAAGAUGUAAAAUCCUUUCAAUCCACAUUAAGUAGGAUACAUGGUGGGAAACCUUUGCAGUCCAGUUCAGUCCCUCAGUUACCAAAUAGGAAAUUGUCUAUGUUGACACCAGAGAAACACCUUCAAGGUUUGAAACCUAUGGCAUUCAAACCUGGGGCCAAGGUGAAAGGUGGGAAAUCUUCUGUACUGAACUGUGAACCAGGGCCACAGAGUCAUUGUAAAGAUAUGGCAUUCAACACUGGGCCACAGCCACACAACAUAAGAUCUUCUGAGUUGACCCCCGAUCCAGACUUUCAAAGUAUAAAAUAUCAAGUGUUCUGCUGUGGAUCACACUUUCAAGAUGUGAAUUCUGCAUGCAUUUUAGAUCCAAAUCCUCACAGUGUAAAUUCUACUGGGUGUACUCCUGGAUCAUAUUUGCAAGAUAUAAAUUCCUCUGCAUCCAUUCCAGGGCCAAAACCUCAGUGCCCGAAUUCUGCUGGGAGCAACCCUGAGCCAUAUUUACAUAGAAUGAAUUCUUCUGCAUCUAUUUCAAGGCCAAAACCUCAAUGUGUAAAUUCUACUGGGUGCAACCCUGGACCACAUUUGCAAGGUGUGAAUUCUGCAUGCACUCCAAGGUCAAAACCUCAGUGCUCAGAUUCUGCUGGGUGCAACCCUGGACCACAUUUAGAAGGUGUGAAACUAUCUGAACCAACUGAUGUUUUCAAACUUCAAGGUAUAAAGUCUUCUGACUGUAGUCCAGGAACAGAAAUUCAAAGAGAGAUGUGUAUGGUAGUCAAUUCUGGACAGAAUUUACAAGAUUUGAAGUCUGAAUUGACUCCAGAAGUGAAGUUCCUAGGUGUAACACCUAUUCAGUGUACUCCUCAGCCCCCGGUACAAUGUGUGAGUUUUCCUGAAUUGAAUACAGGGUCAAAACUAAAAUGUGUAAAUUCCAUGGAAUGUAAAUUUGAGCCUUCCUUGCAGAAUACAAGACCUUUUGAAUUGACUUCAGAGACAAAACUUCAAGGUAUGUCAUCUUCUAAGCCACAGCCAGUCCCAGAGCUUCAAGGUAUAGAGUCUGUUGCACAAUGCUUACAAGAUGUAAGAUGUGAAUUGACUUCAGGGACAAAGUUUCAAAGUAUAACACCAGUGAAGCUCCACUCUGGUCCACAGUUUCAAGGUAUAUAUUCUUCUGAGUUGAAAUCAGAGUCAAAAGCUCAAUGCAUAAAUUCUAUGAAGCUUAUAUUUACCCUAGAGCCUUGUUUUCAAAACAUGAAGUCUGUGCCAUUGAAACCGGGACCACAACCUCCAAAUGUGGAUUCCUUAGGGUUGGCAUCAUGCCUUAGGUCACAAUGUGUUAAAUCUGUAGUCUUUGCACCAAAGCCAUGUUUUCAAGAUGUAGAACCUAUGCAGCUGAGGUUAGGGGCCCAAGAGCAAAGUAUGGACUACCAAAAAUUGACUUUAGGAUGGCACGGUAUGGACCCAAUGGUGUUAGAGCCAACCAGGAAGUUCUUAUCAGGACCAGCAUUGACUAGUGUCAGAUUUUCAAAUUUGAUUCCAGAAUCACAGCAACCAGGUGUGAAAUCUUGGGAUUUUACUCCAGAGUCAAAGUGGGAAAGUGUAAAACAUGUGAAAUUGUCUUCAGUGUCCCUGCAACAAACUGUAAAAUCCAUGGAGUUAUUACCAAAGUCACUGCUUCAAAGUGUAAAACCUGGUAACCAAUUCCCCCAAACAAAUUAUCAGAUCACAGCAUCUUCUGAAGUCAUCCAUAGACCAGAACAUCACCUUGUGGAAUACGCAGAGAUGAUUCCAAAUGCAAAGUUUCAAGUCUCCAAAUCCAUGGGUUUAAUUUCAGCACCAAUUUAUCAAAACACAGAAUCUUCAGAAACAAAAGAGUUGGUACAUAAAAACACAGAAUCUGUAGAGGAAUUGGUGGGGCUGGACCCAAAAUUGACCAGUAAAGUCAUGGAAUCUUCAGAGAUGCCUCUGCAGUUAUAUCUUCAAGCAUCAGGAUUUGUUGCUCCGACUCCAGUGCUAAGGGAUCAAGUCUCAAAGCCCUUAGAACUAACCCCAGAGAAAAGCUACCAAGUCCCAGAAACUCUGGAGUUGCUUUCUCACUCACGGCCUUCAUUUAAGGAUUUGGAGGAGUUAUAUACAAAGCAAGUUACCGAAUCAAAAGGAAUGUCUACAGAGCUCAAGCAUGUAACAGAAGCAAUGGGGUUGACUUAUGAAGCAAGACUUCAAGGGAAAAGAUUUGUUAGGAUGGCCCCAAAGCCAGUAGUAGUAAGUCAAGCAACUGAACAUGCAGAGAAAACUCAAAGGCCUUGUCCUCAAGACUUGGAACCUGUGGCACUGGUUUCUGAGGGAAGACCACCAAGGCAAGAAUCUGUUGUAGUGACAACAAAGUCAUUGCAUCAUGCCCCAGCUUCUCUUUCAGAGAUGACACCAGGGCUAGGCCAUCACAUUCCUGCAUCUAUGGAGUUGACCCCGAAGUCACAGCUUCAUGUGGGAUCUUCAGCAAUAGGUUUAGGGCUAGGACAAAUGGAAGAAUCUUUAAAGUUGUCUCCAAAGCAAAUAAGUCAAGUUGCAAGAAAUGUGAACUCUGUAGACCUCACCUGUGAGCCGUGGCAGCAAGGGCUGACGCAGCCACAGAGUCAAAGUGUGAAAAAUUCAGGGAGAGCUCCAACAGGUACACUUGAUAAACUGACAGAAUGUGCAAGGACACAACUUGAAGUUGCUCAAUCAGUACAGGUAGCCCAAGCAGCUCCCCCCAAACUUUCCAAAUGUGUGAAAGCAACUCCCGGACCACCAUAUCAAGUUGUGAAGUCAGUGACAACAUCAGAACCAGAGCAGCUGUCCAAAUAUGGUGAAUUGACUCCAAAACUACAAGAUGUAAGAUUUUCAGAGUUGACCUCAAGACUUUGGCUCCAAAAUAUGAACUCUAAGAAAGUAAACACACAGCCAACACACCAAAUUUUGGAAACAAUGGAGUUGUCAGGAUUUCAAAUUAUAAAGACUGUGUUAAUCCCAGGACCACUGCUUCAGGUUGUAAAAUCUGAAAAAUUAGCACCAGGACCAAUUCCUCAGGUAGUAGAACCACUAGGAGUUGCCACGGGAUCAGAAAUUAAAGUAUUGGAUUGUUUGAAUUUAUUUCCAAGACCACAUCUUCCAAAACAGAUAAAACCUAUAGAAUUAACUCCAAGGCCAAAUAUUCAAGUGAAUUCUACAGAAUUAACUUCACAGCAAGCAUCUCCAUUUGAGGAAUUUACACUAUUGACUCAUGCGCAAAGGCUUCAAGCUAUAAAAUCUGUAGGGAUAAAAACAGAGCCUCCUAAGGCAGUGGAAUUUGAGGAUUUGAAUCAAGGUCAGCAGUGUCUGGAUAAAGAAUCUGAGGUGUUAACAUCAGGAGAGUUACAAGUAGGGAAUUACUUCUCUAGAAUCAUACACAACCCUUCAAUCCCACCUACUUCAAGAUCUGUCAAAACAUCUGAAUUAGGAGGACUUCAGGAAUUUGGGGUGUCAGAUGGAUCACGAACUUUGGAUAAGAAAAACUUUGGGAUGGAUACUUUGUGGCUGCCUGAGACCUAUACAUACCCUAUUAUGAUACAAUCUCCCUCUCUUCCACUUCCCCUUCAUAAUCAACUCUUUGACCAGACAGUGAACACUGGGGAAACAACAUUUCCUGAGAGCUGGGGAAUGGAUGUCAUAUCUAAGAAAGGGACUGUGAGGAAGCACAUGGAGGAAUUAGAGGAGUCACUGCAGAACCAGUCCCCAUGUCCACUGCAAAGCUGGAGAGCACCAUCUGAGAACUUUCAGUCCGGGGUAGGGGCUCGAAGAGGUCCAAUCCGGUCUUUCCUGGGCAGACAACAGAAUAUCUGGGAAAGUCAUGCCUGUAGGCAGCGCCUACCUAGGAAAUAUCUUUCCACUAUGCUAAUGCUGGGGAAUGUUUUGGGGACCACUAUGGAAAGGAAGAUUUGUUCUCAAACACGUUUAGCAGAAGGAGCCACUGAAGAUAUCUGUCAAUCUAUUCAGAAUUUAUUUGGAGUUCCAGCUGAACUGAUGGAAUUUUCCCAGACCUUGCUAAAGAAGAGUCCAAGUAUAAUUUCACAGACUUCAGUAGUCAAAAACUAUAUUCAGAGACAUACUUUAUGCCAUGGCUAUGAGAAAAGAAUGGCCAUAAGGAUGUGGACACGUGGUUCUACAUCUUCCAUAAUACGGCAAUACUCUGGGACCAGAUUGGGAAUAAAGAAAACAAACUCAAAGCUCAGUGAUAUGUUCCAGGAGGCCACUCGGCACACACCUGUCUCAUGUGCAGGGGGCCAGUUUCCUGCCUUAGUAAAACCAGCAUCUUCCUUCAGGAUAUUUUACAACAGGGAAGAUUCUGUUUCCACGAAAGAGUGUGAAAGCUCACAGGGUGACACGCAUGCAAGGACUUUUGAAUCCCAACACUCUUUCAAACCAAGUUAUUUUUCCCAAGCUAAGACCGACUUCUCAGAACAGCUCAACUGGCAACAAGAUCUGCAGUUAAAAAUAGCAGCAAAACUCUUAAGGAGUCAAAUACCCCCCAACAUGCCCCCACCUCUGGCUUCAGGUCUUGUCCUAAAAUACCCCAUCUGCCUACAGUGUGGCCGAUGUUCAGGAUUUAAUUGCUGUCAUAAGUUACAGUCUACUGUUGGGUCUUAUCUUCUCAUCUAUCCACAGCUCCACCUUGUAAACACUCCUGAAGGCCAUGGUGAGGUUCGACUGCAUCUUGGCUUUAGGUUGCAAACUGGGAAAAAGCAAGUCUCAAAGUAUCGUGGAAGAGACAGAUCAGCUAUGCGAAGGCGCACUGCAUUGCCACCACAAAGGAAAACUUCUAAGAGUCCUAUUCCCACACAAGAUCUCCAGUCAAGAUCUUCCCAGUCUCCUAUGCCUGUACAAGUCCACAUUAGGCAAAGGCAAUGGGGCAGUCCUGACAUGGUAGGAAAGAAAAAAAUUGGAGAUUUGGGGCACUAUGAAUUCCACAAAGUUCACUCCUUAUCAGAAAGUGAUUUUGAAAGUAAUUGGGAUGGAAAAUGGGCUAAAAUGAGACUCAAGAAGACAUCUACUUUUAAAUAUCCAAUAAAGAGAAUCACUGAGCAACUUAGACCACAAGACACCAAGCUCUAUACAAACAAUACAGCCUCGAUAGAGAGUCCCUCUAGAGAAUCAUCAGUCCCUUUAAGAAAGAAUAAUUCUGGAGCAAGUCUGACAAAUACUGCUUCCUUAAAAAGACAGCCUAAGAAAUCUUCCCAGCUCAAGUUCAUGCAAGUGCUUUUGCAGGGCUUACGGCAGGCAUUACAAACAUCACAUAGAAUUAUGGCUUUUGCUGGACAGAAGCCUAGGGGCAGGAUGAGACUAGAUAAUUUAUGGUCAAACAAAAGUUAUCAUUCAAAACAAAAAGAUUAUCGCUUACCAACAGACAGCAAAAGAAACAGGGUUCAAGUUAUCAAACAAAGUUCAACAACUUCAACCAUUAAACAAGAGGACAUAUUGUGGGGAACCAGAGGCCAAUGCAGAUCAACUCAACAGUCAAAAGACGAGAGCUCUUUCCAACCCAGAUCUCUCCAAUUGCUGGAGACCAUGCUUUCCCAAACAGAUAAAACUUUCCUAACUUCCUCAGUCAUACAGCCUUUGAGUACAAUUCGAAAUGAAAGCAACAGAGCAAAGAAAAACUGUAAUGGUGAACUCUCCAGCCAAGAGUCUAAGAACCUUCCCAAACAAGGAGCCAGACUUCAGGCCCAAGGAAGAAUUCUAUCUGGUUCCCUUUUGAAGAAGACCUUGCCCAGUCGCUUUAAAGAGAAACAUACACACAAGGACCGAAACCAGCAUAGCUUCUUUACGGAGAAAAAGAAACCCUUACACAAUGCUUUGGAGAAGAGCUCGUAUAACCCCUCUAAAAGAAUGGUUCCUAAUCUCUUUGUCUGGAGCCAUCUCAGCCCCGCUAAGAAAAUUCUACGAAAUAGUUCUGCAAGGAGACAUAGCAGUCCUCCUCGUAGAAAGCACCACAGUCCCUCAGAGAGAAGCCUUCGAAGAGUCUCUGACAGGAGUCAUCACAGUCCUUCUGAGGGGAGACGCCCACUGAGGAGGCGACACAGCCCCCCCAAAAGGAGUUCGCGCAGUUCCCCAGAGAGGAGACGACACAGCCCCCCCCAAAGGAGUCCGCGCAGUUCCCCAGAGAGGAGACGACACAGCCCCCCCCAAAGGAGUCCGCGCAGUUCCCCAGAGAGGAGACGACACAGCCCCCCCCAAAGGAGUCCGCGCAGUCCCUCAGAGAGGAGACGACACAGCCCCCCCCAAAGGAGUCCGCGCAGUCCCUCAGAGAGGAGACGACACAGCCCCCCCCAAAGGAGUCCGCGCAGUCCCUCAGAGACAGCACCCAGUCCCUCUAACAGGCGGCGGCACAGUCCCUUGCACAGGAGCUCACGCAGUCCCUCUGAGAGAUGUGUCAGUCCCUCAGAGCGGAGACAUCGCGGUCCUUCAGAGAAAAGCUGUGGCCGCCUCUCUGAGAGAAGCCCUCCCAGUCCCUGUGGCAGAAGUCAUACUUCCUCUGGAAGAGCCCGUCACAGUCCCUUUGAGAAGAGGCCAAUCAGGCCCUCGGCACAGAGCGGGGGUGACCAGCCUGAGAGAGCUGAGAGGAGCGGACAUAGCCGUUCUGGAAGGAGUCAGCGCAACCACUCGGAGAGAAUCCACCACGGUCCCAAGGAGAGACUCAGGCCCAGCUCCCCCAAGGGGAGGCCCACACAGAGCUGGUCCACAGGUUUAAAGAGUUAUUCAGAUAUGGCCCCCAGGGACCACGCUGAAAAACCCAAAAGCCGGACAAGUUUGGAGGCUUGAAGCUAGUAGGUCAGGAGAGAUCCGCCCCUACUUAAAAGAGUCUCCCAGAAGUCUUCACCUAGCUGCCCUUUCCCGGCUUCUUUCCUGAUCAACCACGGCUCCAAGCUCUGCACCCUUGGCCAUGAAAGGGCGUCUACUCUGGGGGCUGGGGCGGCGAAGAAGGGUCUGUCAUUC